AUGAUUUUAAGAUCAAUCACCAAAAUUUCAACAUACGCCGUUUCGUUGAAGUUACUUCGUACUAAAAUAAUAAAAUGCUGUUACUCAGUUCCCGUACUUAGAGAUUACCAGCAGGAUGCUAUAAAUGCAUGCGUGAAUUCAAUCAAACAAGGAACCAAAAGAAUCGGUGUUUCAUUGGCCACUGGGGGUGGUAAGACAGUGAUAUUCUCAAACCUCAUCAACCAAUUGCGUCAAAUCCGCUCUAAAGAGAAUGAAGGAAGUUUUAGAUCUUUGAUCCUAGUUCACAGAAGGGAAUUAGCUUUACAAGCAACAAAUACUCUUAAAAAGAUAUUUCCUGACUUGAAAGUUCAUAUAGAAAUGGGAAAAUAUGAUUGCAAUGUCGAGGAUUCUGACGUUAUUGUGGCAUCCGUUCAAACUUUGAUUAGAAGGCUCGAUAAAUAUGAUACUAAUUCAGUGGAUCUCAUCAUUAUUGAUGAAGCCCAUCAUUCUGUAGCUAAUUCAUAUAGGGAAAUUUUGGACCAUUUCAAUGCUUCAACUGCAGAGACGGAAAUUCCCGUUAUUGGCUUUAGUGCAACAUUCGAGAGAGCAGAUAAGAGAGCUUUAUCAAUGGUAAUGGAUGAAAUUGUGUAUCAUAGAGGAAUUUUAGAAAUGAUUGAUGACAAAUGGUUAUGCGAGGCAAAAUUCACAUCAGUUAAAAUAGAAGCAGAUUUAUCUACUGUUAAAAGUACCACGGAUGAUUUUCAGCUGGCCCCAUUAUCGUCCAUAAUGAAUACAGACGAGAUAAAUGAGGUAAUCUUAAAAACUUAUCUGCAUAAAAAGCAAGAACAGUCAUUAAAAUCCACGUUGUUAUUUGGUGUUGAUAAAUCUCACGUACGGAGUUUGCAUAAAUUAUUCAAAGAUAAUGGUAUCAACACAGACUAUGUUACAUCGGAUACAAAACAAUUGGAACGAGAUAACAUAAUUCAACAGUUCAAGAAUGGGGAAACUGAAGUACUAAUGAACUGUGGGAUAUUUACAGAAGGGACAGAUAUGCCAAACAUUGAUUGUAUAUUACUAUGUAGGCCCACAAAAUCACGUUCACUUUUGAUUCAAAUGAUAGGAAGAGGUUUGCGGUUACAUCACUCGAAGGAUUACUGUCAUAUUAUCGACUUCAUUGAAGCUUCUAACGUUGGAGUAGUCUCUGCGCCCACACUACUAGGUAUAAGGGGUGAUGAAACUGAAUUUGAUGAAGCCACAAUGGAAGAUUUAAAAGCAAUUCAAGGGGAAAUAAUAGCUAAACGACAGAAGAUCGACGAAAAGUUAAAGGUCCUAUUUCAGAAUAAAGAUACGGCAGAAACUGUAUCUGAAAAAAAUAAUGCUGAAAAUUGGAUACAAAGUGCAAAUGCAUUGGACUUGACACUGUGCUCUUUUGAUAGUUUUAAAAAUUUCACGCAGGGCAAUAAUUCAUUUCCGGCCGGCAAGGAGUUAGAUGAAGCUUCUGAAGCAAUAAAAGAGAUGGAACUGCUAAUAAAAUCGCCGUAUCCAUGGGUUAAGUUUGCUCCCAAUGCAUGGGGUCUCCCUCUACAAGGCAAAAACCAUUUGAGAAUAUACAAAGAAAAAUCCGAAGACAAGUCAUCGGUAUUCUAUCAUUUGAAAAUGUAUCGACAAUUACCGUCUUUUAUAGCAAACAAAUACGCUGACUAUAUUCCAAAGACGAUAAUAAAAGAAGCUAGCCUUUGGAAUGUGAUGUCAAAGGUAGAAAAAAUAAUAAAUACUCUAAGCUCGGAUUUGGAGGGGCAAACCAUGCAAUAUCAGGCAAUCACCAGUAAAUUCUCGAAGUGGAGAAAUGCGACUCCCACGCCAAAGCAAAAAAGUUUUGUUCUUAGAAAAUUGAAGAAAGUGUAUAAUGUGUCUUCCAAAAAUUUUAUGAACCUAACUUCGGAUGAUAUUACCGCCUAUACAGAUACUCGGAUGACGAAAGGAGAUGCUUCCAACUUGAUCUUUGCAAGCAGCUUGGCACCUGUCUAUCCGCUAAAGGCAUUACUUCGGAUUCUAGAAUAUCAAAAAAGGAGAUCAAUUAUAAAGUGA